AUGAUCCCCAGAGCAGUACUGGCGCUGGCGCGAACACUCCGCCAAUCCUCCUCCACACGCACAAUACAGACACUCUCACGACCGCGACCGCGUCUCUUGGCGACAUCCAACCCGCGACGCGCAACACACAUCGCACCACAGCUCACAAGAUGGAAGUCUUCGAAAAGCGGCGUCGAUGAGAAAAUCGAGGAAAUCACCGAGCUAUACGCCACAGCACGAGACGAGUUCGAGAUCGCCAUGGAAGAGACGGAGAAAUUCAGUGUGUAUGCCGAAGAUGAUAGGAACGCUGCGAGGGAGGAAUUGACCAAGGUGCAAGAGGCCUACAAGGCUGCUUUGGAAGAUCCGAAACAUGGAGAGGAGGUGAAGAGGAGGAUUGGGCAGAGGAUUAAAGAGUUGGAGCAGGGUGUGGCGGCCAUGGAGGAAUUGGCUCAGAAUCAAGAUUGA